AUGCAGAAUGAGGCCAGGCUCCCCAAGGCUCACGAUGAAUACACUAUUGCGGUAGUGUGCGCCAUGAGCUUCGAGAUGAGCGCUGUCCGCUACAUGCUAGAUCGAGAACAUCCCCGUCUGCGAGCCAAAGACGGAGACUCGAACAUUUAUGUGCUUGGUGAGCUUAGCGGUCAUAAUGUUGUACUCGCAUGGCUCCCUGGUCAGCAGGGAAAGGGGGCUGCCGCAACGGUCGCUACCAACUUAGCCCGCACAUUCCCUUGCAUCAAAUUUCGAUUUCUUGUGGGCAUCGCGGGAGGUGUCCCCAGCGAUAAGCAUGACAUCCGCCUGGGUGACGUUGUUGUAAGCAUGCCCGAGGGGCAGUUUGGGGGAGUCGUGCAGUAUGAUCUGGGAAAGGAUACCGAUGCCGGAUUCCUGCUUAAGGGUUCACUUUGGCCUCCGCCAUCUAUACUAAGAAGUGCCGCGGAGAUGAUGCGAUCUGACCAUCUGGCCAGCGAUAACAAGAUUGGAGAUUUUGUCGCGACGAUGCUCCAAAAGGGACCGAGACUUGUCACCUAUAAACGGCCGUCCGAAGAAUCCGAUGUUCUGUUCCACGAAGACUACGCGCACGAUGGCGCCAGCGUUUCGUGUGCGGGUUGUGACAGGUCUAAGGCGGUAGAGAGGCCAUCGCGCCGGCCCGAAGGCUCCGUGAUUCAUUACGGACUAAUUGCGUCGGGCGACAGUGUGCUGAAGAGCUCAGCAAAGAGGAGCGCAGCUGCACGCAGUUUAGGUGACGUUCUCUGCUUUGAGAUGGAAGCGGCUGGGAUCAUGAGCGAGUUCUCGUGUAUUGUCAUCCGCGGUAUCUCCGACUAUGCAGAUUCACACAAGAAUGACGACUGGCACUACUUUGCUGCCGCGGCCGCUGCCGCUUGCACGAAAGAGCUUCUUACCUACAUCGACCCUGCGGUGGCCCCUACCAUGUCUACUGCGUCGAAACCUUCUGCAGAUGCAGCAUCCGAUCGCAAGGAAGAGCCGGCCGCCAGUCAUCGUUUCUACGGCACGGGCAUCCAGCAUUCUGGUUCCGGUAACUUUUCGGUGGGGAACGAUUUGAACAUUAGAUGA